GUCACACACACUAUAUAUAACCACCCGGCUGGAGCAGGAGUUGAAGGGUCGGGACAGCUGAGGUAGCCGACUGUCCUCAGGCUCAGCUGGUGAGAGAUAACAGCAGACAGGCAGUGCCUGGGCCACCACUUUACAACAUACAAACUGCUACGUUUGCACUGGUUUACAAGGAAGUGCUUUUUAUUCUUUUGGUUUUCUAGCCCCAGGUAGGCUUUCCAAACUUUCCUGGCCAGGAACAAUGGCUCUGCCUGUAAAUCCAGCGGACGAACCCAGGAUGUACCAACAGACUCUGCUGCAGGAUGGCCUGUGUGACCUGCUGGAGAACAAGAAGCUCGUUGACUGUGUCCUGAAGAUCAAAGAUAAGGAGUUCCCGUGCCACCGGCUGGUCCUGUGCGCCUGCAGCUCUUACUUCCGUUCCAUUUUCCUGUCUGACCUGGAAGAGAGCAAAAAGAGGGAACUUGUCUUGGAAGAUGUGGAGCCGGGUGUCAUGGGCUUGAUCCUCAACUACCUGUACACUUCCAGAAUCAAUGUAACUGAGCAAAAUGUUCAGGACAUCUUUGCAGUGGCCAACAUGUAUCAGAUCCCCUCCAUUUUCACGGUAUGCAUCUCUUUUCUGCAGAAGCGUCUGACUCUCAGCAAUUGUCUGGCUGUCUUCAGGCUGGGCUUGAUGCUGGACUGUCCCAGACUGGCUGUCUCAGCUCGGAACUACGCCUGCGAGCGCUUUCAGCUCAUCUCCAGAGAUGAGGAAUUCUUUCAGCUGCUCCCCAGUGAGUUGGCAGCCAUUUUAUCCAAUGAUAGUUUAAACGUAGAGUCAGAGGAGAUGGUGUUUGAGACAGUGAUGAACUGGGUGUCCCGGGAUACAGAGACCAGAAAGAAAGAGCUACCGGCUCUGCUGGAUUGUGUUCGUUUGCGCCUGAUCAAUGAGGACUACCUGAAAGAUAAAGUAGAGAGUCAUAAACUGAUUUCCUCCAACUCUGAGAUACAGAAGAAGCUGCAGCUGGUGAGGGACGCUAACGCUGGGAAGAUGCCAGAGGUUAAAAAAAACAAAAGCAAGGAUGCUGGUGAAGGAGAGAAGGAUGCUGAGAGUGAAGACAAAGAAGAGGAAGAAGAUCUGCUACCAAGUAUCCUCAAUGACAACCUGAGGUUUGGGAUGUUCGUCAGAGACUUGAUGCUGAUGUUGAACGAUGAGGGUGCAGUGGCCUACGACCCCACAGGCAACGACUGCUUUGUAGCAUCGCUGUCCAAACAGAUUCCCAAGAACCAAGCCAGCCUAGUGACCAAAGAGAAUCAGAUCUUUGUUGCAGGAGGAUUAUUCUAUGAUGAACAGAACAAGGAUGACCCACUGUGCUCUUACUUCCUACAGUAUGACCCCGUCAGCGCUGACUGGUUGGGGAUGCCUCCUGUGCCGUCCCCCCGCUUUCUGUUUGGGCUGGCCGAGGCUGAGAACUCCAUCUUUGUGCUGGGUGGGAGGCAACUGAAGGAGCAGGAACAUACACUGGACUCGGUUCUGGUCUACGACAGACAAUCUUUCAAAUGGGGUGAAUCCGAGCCGAUACCUUACCCCGUUUACGGACACGCAGUUGUUUCACAUAAUGACAUUGUUUAUGUGAUUGGAGGGAAAGGAGACAACAAGAGCUGUCUGAAGACUAUGUGUGCCUAUGACCCCAAGAGAUUUGAGUGGAAGGAACUUGCGCCGAUGACACUGGCUCGCGCCUUAUUUGGAGCCACCGUUCAUGAAGACAGAAUAUAUGUGGCAUCAGGAGUCACCAACACCGGCCUCACAGACUCCGUGGAAGUCUACAAUAUUGCUACUAACAAGUGGUCAGACUUUGCAGCGUUUCCACAGGAGCGUAGCUCCAUGAGUCUGGUGUCGCUGGCUGGCUCGCUGUACGCUGUCGGGGGUUUUGCCAUGAUGCCUUUGGAGGACAGUGAUGACAUGCUUCCCAAAGAGAUGAACGACAUCUGGAGGUAUGAUCAGACUGAAGUGAAGUGGACCGGGAUUCUCAGAGAGAUUCAGUAUGCCUCAGGUGCCACUGUUUUGGGUGUCCGCCUCAACACGCUGCACCUCACUAAAAUGUAACCCCCCACCCCUUUUCAGGGCAAUCUGUACUCGUUGUGGGGGUUUACAUUGUUCCAUAGAACCAGUCUUUUUAGUCACAGGGUCUACAGUCAGAUUAGAGUGCUUGGUUUUCAAAGUACCACAAACAAGUCAUUACUGACACCCCACAGGGUAACGGUAAUGGUUCCAUUUAGUUAAUUUCAUCACCAUAGCAAAAAAGUAAAAAAAAGACAACCAAAAGCAGUACAGUACCUUGGUCAGGUUUGGUCAGGUAACAUGCACUGGUGCCAUGCAUGAAACUGCCCUUGGUUCAGGAUGCCAGCCACCCAUGUAGACAUCCGGUCCAAUCCCACGUACUGAAAGUAACCAUAUAUCUGCUCCAGCAAGGUGAAAUGUGGGUGUUACAUAUGAUGAGGCAUCCAUUUGCUGCACUGUAUGCAGAAAAAUGGACCACAUGGCCAUAAUGUCACAGUUGGUGUUCGCUCGUGAUGUGUCUGAUCUGAUACUUGCUAAUUAACCAUUCGUUUGACUCAAAGUCAUUCCAGUUGUACCCAAGGACACUCCAGGGGGGGAACGAGCACCAACAACAUCCACUUGUUGCU